AUGACUCAGGAACAACCGACCGUGCCGGACCUGAACUCGCCACCUUUCUCGCGGUUGUUCGUCCUGUGCGGCAAGCAGAUAGCGGCCGGUGGGCUCGAGCAGUUCUUCGCCCCGUACGGCACGGUCGAGCAGUGCCACAUCGUGCAGGACCAAGCCACCGGCCAGUCGAAGGGCAUCGGGUUCGUGAAGUUCCAGAAAACCUCCCAGGCGGCCCGUGCCCUUAAGGAGGCGGACGGGAAGCAUAUCGAGCCGGAACCGAAACCGAUCAAGGUGGAGAUCGCUUCGAGCACCGUGGAGUCGAAGCCACUGGACUGCUUGCGGCUGAAGGUGAAAUGCCCGGCGGAACUCGACAGCGACGCGGUGAAGGCGGAGUUCAGCAAGAUCUCGGCCGUCAACAGUGUGCAGUUGGUGCCGGAUAAGAAAUCACCCGGCAACAACGUGGCCUAUCUGACGUUUGAGUCGUUCCUGGAUGCGGCCCUCGCGUACGAGACGGCUAAACCCGAGCAUAAGGCCAAGUUUGCCAAGAUUAAACCUCGCAAGGUUAGUCUUGAGUCGCAACCGCAGGAUACGAAGAGCUUUUUCCGGCCCUUUAUCAGGCGCCGGUCGUCGGCUCUGCUUCCGUUAACCAAGCUUACCGUGCUGUGUAGUUCGACGCUGACUCAGAACCAGAUCUGGCGGCUGUUUGACAUCAUACCGGGGCUGAUGAACUGUUCGGUGUCGCAUGAUGGCGGGUCGUUGUCCACUGCCACCGUGACGUACAACAACACACAGUCGGCGAAGUACGCCCGGGAGAAGCUGCACAAGUUCGAGUAUCCGAUUGGGGAGAAAAUCAUCGUCAAAGACGGCAAUGAGUAG